AAAAAGAAAAAGGAAAAAACAAUCGCCCCACCCCUCUCUUACACAGACACUCUUCACUCUUUCACCAUCACUCUGGCUGGCGUUAGGGUUUUAGCUAAGCAAAAAGCACUAAACAAUCGAUUGAUUAAUCGUAUAAUAUAUAAUAAAUCCGCAUAGGCAAUCUCUCAUACUAAGCGAUUCUAUGUGAUAGUAUAAACACCCAAAAAUAGAGAAACUGUUUGGUUCUGCUGGUAUCCUGUAAGCUGAAAGAUCCUUUAAGAGUUCUGCAUAGAUGGCGAAUUUAACCUUAACAGGCAUACUUGAAAAGAUGACAGGGAAAGACAAGGAUUAUAGAUACAUGGCAACUUCUGAUUUGCUUAAUGAAUUAAACAGAGAGGGCUUCAAACUUGAUGUUGACCUUGAAGUAAAGUUGUCUAAUGUUGUUAUCCAGCAACUUGAUGAUGCUGCAGGCGAUGUUUCUGGAUUAGCUGUAAAAUGUCUUGCUCCAUUGGUGAAGAAAAUUCAUGAGCAGCAGAUUCUUGAGAUGGCUAAUAAGCUUUGUGAUAAAUUACUGAAUGGGAAAGAACAACAUCGUGACAUUUCAAGUAUUGCUUUGAAGACAAUUGUUUCUGAAGUUCCUACCUCAUCCAUUGCACAAUCUAUACUUGUAUCCAUAUCUCCGAAGUUGAUAAGAGGAAUAACUUCCCAGGGAAUGUCCACUGAAAUCAAGUGCGAAUGCCUCGAUAUAUUGUGUGAUGUUCUUCAUAAAUAUGGAAAUUUAAUGGCAUCAGAUCACGAGGUAUUAUUAGGUGCAUUGUUGCCCCAGCUGAGUUCCAAUCAUGCCAGUGUCAGGAAGAAGGCUGUUUCAUGUGUAGCGUCCCUUGCUUCAAGCUUGUCAGAUGAUUUACUGGCAAAAGCUACAGUUGAAGUUGUUCGGCUUUUGAGAAAUAAGGCCAUAAAACCAGAUAUUACACGCACAAACAUUCAGAUGAUUGGGGCUUUAAGUCGUGCUGUUGGCUAUCGUUUUGGUGCCCAUCUUGGAGAUACUGUUCCAAUAUUAAUUAGCUACUGUACACAUGCAUCGGAGAAUGAUGAAGAGCUUCGUGAGUAUAGUUUGCAGGCUCUUGAGAGCUUUCUGCUGCGGUGUUCCAGGGAUAUUUCUCCCUAUUGUAACGACAUCUUACAUCUUACUUUGGAAUAUCUUAGCUAUGAUCCUAAUUUUACUGAUAACAUGGAGGAAGAUACAGAUGAUGAGAGUUAUGUGGUGGAGGAGGAUGACGAGAGUGCUAAUGAAUACACUGAUGACGAAGACGCGAGCUGGAAGGUCCGCAGAGCUGCUGCCAAAUGCUUAGCAGCCUUGAUUGUUACCCGCCCGGAGUUGCUAUCAAGGCUAUACGAAGAGGCUUGCCCAAAGUUGAUUGAUAGGUUUAAAGAAAGGGAAGAAAAUGUCAAGAUGGAUGUGUUUAAUACCUUCAUUGAGUUGCUGCGACAAACGGGAAAUGUGACUAAAGGACAGACAGAUUUUGACGAAUCAAGGCAAGAAUAUGGUUCUUCCAUAUUGCAAUAUAGUUUUGGAGAUGCACUUUCUAAUAGCUGUUUAUGUAAGUUUUGUUUUGGGAUACCAGUUAGGUUGGUUUACAUCUUUAACUGUUCAUACCUUAUAAUUUUUCUUCCCCAGGCUUUUGCUGUCAUUGCUGCAUCUCCAUUGCACCUGGAUCUAUCAUGCGUUUUAGAGCAUGUAAUUUCUGAGUUAACUGCAUUUCUAAGGAAGGCUAAUCGAGCUUUGAGACAGGCGACGCUGGGAACUCUAAAUACUUUGAUUGUUGCCUAUGGUGAUAAAAUAGGUUCUUCCGCUUAUGAAGUGAUUGUUGUGGAACUUUCAACUCUAAUAAGUGACUCAGACUUGCAUAUGACUGCUCUGGCAUUGGAACUGUGCUGUACCUUGAUGGCCGACAGUAGAUCAGGUCCAAAUGUUGGUUUGACCGUCAGAAACAAAGUUCUUCCACAGGCAUUGACUCUAGUGAGAAGCUCAUUGCUGCAGGGGCAAGCACUUCUGGCGCUGCAGAAUUUUUUCCGUGCCUUGGUUUACUCAGCAAAUACUAGCUUUGAUGUGCUGCUAGACUCCCUUCUUUCAACUGCAAAAUCAUCUGCCCAGUCUGGCGGUGUUGCAAAACAGGCUUUAUUUUCCAUUGCUCAAUGUGUGGCAGUUCUCUGCCUUGCUGCAGGUGAUAAAAAAUGUUCAUCUACUGUAAAUAUGCUCACAGAUAUCCUGAAAGCCGAUGGUACUACCAAUUCGGCCAAGCAACAUCUUUCCUUGCUGUGUUUGGGGGAGAUUGGGAGGAGAAAAGAUUUGAGUUCACAUACCCAUAUAGAGAAUAUCGUUAUCGAAUCUUUCCAGUCACCAUUUGAGGAGAUAAAAUCUGCUGCUUCUUAUGCUUUAGGAAAUAUUGCUGUUGGAAAUCUAUCAAAAUAUUUACCCUUUAUAUUGGACAAAAUUGAUAAUCAGCAGAAGAAGCAAUAUCUAUUGCUCCAUUCCCUGAAGGAGGUCAUAGUGAGACAAUCCGUGGAUAAAGCUGAAUUUGAUGAUUCCAGUGUUGAGAAGAUCACUAAUUUACUCUUUAACCACUGUGAGAGCGAGGAAGAGGGAGUUCGCAAUGUGGUUGCCGAAUGUCUAGGAAAAAUUGCCCUAAUUGAACCAGGAAAACUUGUUCCAGCACUAAAGGAGAGAACAACCAGUGCUGCUGGAUUCACCCGAGCAACAGUUGUAAUUGCGGUUAAGUAUUCUAUAGUUGAGCGGCAGGAGAAGAUAGAUGAGAUUUUGUACCCUGAAAUCUCAUCUUUCUUGAUGCUUAUCAAGGAUCAUGAUCAGCAUGUAAGGCGUGCCGCUGUAUUAGCCUUGAGUACCGCGGCCCAUAAUAAGCCAAACCUCAUAAAGAGCCUGCUUCCAGAGGUUUUGCCUCUUCUGUACGACCAGACAGUAAUUAAGGUAAUCUCCUUGCAUUUCACUAAUAAUCUUUCCCUUAGAACGAGAUUUUUUGGGUACAAAAGUAAGAAAUUGCAGGACAAUUUGAUUUCUUUCUCCCUCCUCUACAUUUGCAGUGGAGGAGACUGCAGCCACAAAUUUAAGAACCUCAUGGUUGAAAUUUCCAAGUCCCAAUCAAUGUGGGAGAAAUACUCUUCCAUUCGGAAUGAGUAAAGUUGUCUCAGCCCACAUUUCCUGUUGUUGCCAACGAACCUCAGAAACCAGCUUUUUUUCCCCAUAUUCUUAUGGGACGAGAGUAUUCUAUACAGAGGAAAAGGUUAUAGGCCUCGCGAAGGGGAGUGAUAAUUAAAUUAGAUGCCAGCUUGUGAGCCUGUAAAAAAGACUAUACAGUAAACUGGAUUGUUCCCCAAAACUCAUUUCCUGCAUCUUAUAGCAAUGACUUUUAUUAGAUAUUAUUUGUCAUGUGGUUGAUAUUUUGUAAUUGCUUUGUCGUGAAAGAAUGUUGAGUUUUUAUUUAUUUUA